AUGCAGAGCGACAGCCCCAAUGGUUCGGGCAGUAGCGGCGCUGAGCAGCCGCCAGCUGAGGCCUCAAUAGGAAAUGGCCCCUCGAAGCGGACACGAGUCCUGUUGAGCUGCGCGCCGUGCCGUAACUCUAAGCUAAAAUGCGACCGGGCUACGCCGUGCGGUCAGUGCCUCCGGAAAGGCAAGCCGGAUAAUUGUCUCUAUGCGCCUCGACCCGAGAAGAAGAGGCCGGCUAAGAGUAUGGCUGCGCGUUUGAAGAGGCUUGAAGGAAUGGUCCGUGGGAUGAUCGACUUGGAUACUUCUAUACAAAUGCCACCCGUGGAUAAUCUGACGAAACAGGGGCAAAGUGCUGGUCUCCUGGUUCAGAGUGAGAAAGCUACGAGUUACAUUGGGGCUACACACUCUAUGGCCAUCCUAGAGGACAUUGAGGAUCUCAAGAGCUACUUCGAAGAUGCGGAUGAAGACGAUGAAGAGGCCGAAAAUCCGCACGAAAACAUCGGACCACCUGAGUUGCUCUUAAAUUCACGAGGAGUUCCCAGGAAUAAAGAAGGGUUACUCGCUCUCCUCCCAGAUAAACCUGUUGUUAUUCGGCUUAUGAAUCGCUACUUCAAUUCAAACAGCCCUUCUCAACAUAUCGUUCAUGUUCCUACAUUCUUAAAGGAGUAUAACGAUUUCUGUAAAGACCCCGCUGGGACAUCUUUACACUGGAUAGCGUUGCUCUAUAUGAUAUUAGCACUCGGCGUCUUUUUCUCCUCGUUUAGCGCGCCGCAUGAACUGGUAAAAGAUUCCAAUAUGCCAGCAAUGGACAGGUUCAAACAAUACAGGGGUGCUUGCGGAUGGGCUCUGAUAUGGGGCAAAUAUUCCCAACCAAGUCAUUACACCAUACAAGCAUUUUUGCUAUAUCUUGAAGGGGAUUUCGUUACCAAUCGCGAAAACCGGAUGAACUGCUAUUUACUCUCCGCUGUCCUACUCAGGCUCAUGCUAAAGAUGGGCCUCCAUCGCGACCCUAGCAAAUUGCCAAACAUUACCCCUUAUCACGGCGAGAUGCGACGACGCAUUUGGAAUCUGGCAAUCCAGCUCGACCUACUCAUUUCAUUUAACCUAGGACUCCCCUGUAUGACACAUGCUAUCGAGAGUGAUACGGAACUCCCAACACAUCUUAUGGAUUCGGAUUUCGAUAAAGACACUAAGGUGUUACCACCAGCUCGCCCUAGCUCAGAAUACACACCGCUCACCUACCCGAUUAACAAAGCGGCCGUAAGCCGCGCAUUCUUCUUGGUCGUCCAGCAAGCGCAUGCUCUAAGUAUCCCGACGUAUUCGGAGGUGAUGAAAAUCGAUGCGCGCAUCCAAGAAGCAUGGGAGAAGGUACCCGAAAUCAUGAAGAUGAGACCAAUGGAUGAAAGCGUGAUGGAUCCACCUAUUCUGGUUUUCCAGCGGUUUGGUCUAGUAUCAAUACACCUGAAAAGUCGUUGCAUCCUUCACCGACGGUAUCUCGUCGACGCCGAGCCAAAGAGGGAACACGACUUCUCCCGCAAGACGUGCCUGGACGCAGCGUUGGGUUUGCUCGAAUACCAGAAGACAAUGCACGAAGCCUCUCGGCCCGGUGGCAUGCUGAGCCAAAAUGGUUGGUUCGUCGCUGCACCUAUCCAUGACUUCCUCUUAGCAGAUAUGGUUGUGGCUCUAGUGAUUCAGAACGACAAAUACUGGGAGACGGACGGAGAGUUCAAUUGGAUUGCUCGAUGCAUGCCGACAAUUACUAGAGAAGGCCUUUUCCAUGAUCUCAAGACAUCGUAUACUAUCUGGGGGGCCGUUUCAGGUGAGCUACCAGAAUUCAAGAAAGCGGAAGAGGCUAUGGGCACCAUGAUCCGCAGAAUUGAAAGGCAGCUUGGGUUUGGUACCGAGGAUAUUGAGAUGUCUAGCGAAAGGACGAACGGAAGUGGUGAAACAGCAUCAAUGGCAAACUUGUCGAUUGGUUACAGUGGGCCUUCGACGGCAUCCAGCAGCAAUGAACCCACGGCAGAAGAUUUCGCAGGUUUCAACAUGGCAGGGCCGAAUAUGAUCAUGCCCGAUGCUAUCCCUGACCAAAUGGGUUCAGACGGCCCUUGGGCGGCGCAAGACGGUUACGGCUGGAACUAUUUUGACGCCAUGGCGCAUAGUGGCCAAUUUAUGGAGCCGACCACGCGGGUGACCCGAGAGGCUUGGGCGGAUGAGAAGACGAUGGAAGGCUUCACGCAUUUCUUGGGUUCCGAUCCAUGGAAUUUCGCCCCAUCUUGA